ACUUUUAUUUUGGUGUUGUGAUGUGACGUCAUAAGACUGCGCCGCUCUCGGUUGUGAUUCGGCUGAAGAAAGGACAAAGUGUUCAAACUCACAGAAAAACUCCUGCUGAAGCGACAGAUCCACGUGACACUGUUAUAAAGAUGGCGUUUAUUAAACAGGAGAGUGAAGACAUAAGGAUUGAAGAAGUAUUCAGUCUCAAACAUGAAGAUACUGAGGAACAAACAGACCUGAUGGUGCUGAAAGAAGAGAGGCGAGAACUGACAAAGAUAGAAGAGAAAGAUCAAAAUGAGAGACUUGACGUCAUGACUGCGGAAACAACUUCAUCACCAAAAAAAGUUCAGAAGAGCAAAUCUAACAGUUGCUUAAUCUGCCUUCAGUGUGGAAAGAGUUUCAAGAAAAAAUAUAACCUUCAAAUGCACACGAAUGUUCACAAAUGCCGUCAGUGUGGAAAGAUAUUCACAUGUAAAGAAAACCUUAAACGCCACAUGAAUAGUCACACUGGAACGAAGCCUUUCAUAUGCCAACUGUGUGGAGCAUGUUUAGCACAUAAACAAAGCCUUGAUUCCCACAUGAAACGUCACACUGGAGAGAAGCCAUUCACAUGUGAUCAGUGUGGAAUGAGUUUCAGACUUAAAGGAUCCUUUGAUUCCCACACGAAGAAAGAACACUCAGGAGAGAACUGUUUUACAUGUAAUCGGUGUGAAGAGAGUUUCACUUGUAAAGGAAACCUCAAAACUCAUAUGAGAAUUCACACUGGAGAGAAUCCUUUUACCUGCAAUAUGUGUGGGAAGAGCUUCACAUAUAAAUCAGCCUUUGAUACCCACAUGAGAAGACAUACUGGAGAGAGGCCUUUUGCCUGCAAACUGUGUGGGAAGAGCUUCUCACGCAAAUCAUCUCUUCAGAUUCACACGGUCGUUCACACUGGAGAGAAGCCGUUUCCAUGUGAUCAGUGUGGAAAGUGUUUCAGAUAUAAAACAACCCUAGAUUCACACAUGAAAAUUCACACUGGAGAGAGUCCUUACAUCUGCAAAUUUUGUGGGAAAAGCUUCGCACAAAAUAGAAAUCUUAAGAUUCACAUGAGAAAUCACACAGGAGAGAAGCCUUUUGUGUGUGCUCAGUGUGGAAAAUGUUUUACGCGAGAAUCAAACCUUACUUGCCACAUGGCACUUCACUCAAAGGAGUAUAAAUGUCAUCAGUGUGGACAGAGAUUCCCAGACAAGAGACACCUUACCUGGCAUGAAAGAAUUCAUUCUCGAAAGACUAUCACGUGCCAUGACUGUGGAAAGAGUUUCAGAUUUGAAGGACACUUUAAGGUUCACAUGAGAAUCCACACUGGAGAAAAACCCUUCACCUGCACUCAAUGUGGAAAGAGUUUCAGAUUUAAAGGAAAGUGUAAUGUUCACAUGAGAAUCCACACUGGAGAGAAACCCUUCACCUGCACUCACUGUGGAAAGAGUUUCAGUCAGAAGAUAACUCUUCAGAUUCAUACGAGGCUUCACACUGGAGAGAACCCUUUCACGUGUCUUCAGUGUAAGAGGAGCUUCACAUAUAAAAGAGACCUGAACCGUCACUUGCAAACACAUGGAAAGAAACUGCAGUGCUCUGCGAGUGGAAAGAAGCUUAGAAAAAGGAGCAAUUUGAAAAAUCAAAAGCACGUUCGCUCUGGAGGAAGGCAGUUUAAUUGUGAUCAGUGUAAUAAAACAUUUCUUUUGCCAUCACACUUACAGAUACACCUGAAAAGUCAUGCAGAUGUGAAACCAUAUUUGUGUUCUUCGUGUGGAAAGCGUUUUAAAUGGCUCAGUAGUUUAAAAUGGCAUCAGAAAAUACGCAUCUGUGUGAAACUAAAGCUCCGUUCACACCGCAGCCGAAAGUGACUCAAAUCUGAUCAUCCACCUUCAUGACUAUUUGCAUUCUUCUCCUCUAGAUAGACUCUACAUUUUUAACCGCUGUGUAUGUGACCAUCUGCUUUGCUAUAAUUCAGUUGUUUUGUAUAAUUCAGUAUAAUUCAAUUGUUGCAGGACACACCUUUGUGAAUAUGAAAUUAAUCUUUGAAACUUUACAGAUACUUGCGUUCACAAAUUUCACAAUUAAAUGUCGUUAUUAUAAGUGUCGUUAUUGUUAGAUUAGUUAAUUGUAAAGUUCAGUAGUUAUGAAACUCAAUUAUCCAGAUUAAUACAGUUCCAUCUUUUGUUCUUAUCUGAGGGCCUGUUUCCACCUGGUCACUUCAUGCAUUUUCUCUGAUCGGAUAGCUCUCUGAUUUUUUAAAACUGUUCCAUUUACACUUGGCCAUAAAUGUGUCUUCGCAAAAUGGAUAUAUGUCCGAUCUUCAGUUCCCAUACUAUAUGCAAAUUUAACGGUUUUCACGACAAUGAAAGCAACAGAUAUGCGCUGCAUUUAUUCAUCAUCAGCUAAUUUCAAAAUCAAAGACCGCAAUAGGAGUGUGGCAUCAGCACUAGUUAAGAUCAUUUAGUGUCACUACUUUUAAUAAAGAUGAUUGUGUGUUAAGCAUCUUCAACGUACUUUGUUUCAUUUGCGGAAGUUUUUGCGUCAGCUUGCUGAAGAGAUACUCAGCUAUGAUGCAUUUUGCAUUAGCACCGUCGUAUCUUACUAUAACAUAUAAUAGCCUAUAAAAUGCUCUUUAUUAUAUUAACAUUUUGGGAGGAGUACAAUUUACAUACGUUUUUAACAUUUACAUAUGUGUAUUAAGUGAUUCAGAGUAACAGAAAUACAGCAGCAAUAUGUCUGUGUUGGCUGAAUAUGUUUAGGAGCUUCUACAGUUGCAGAUAAAACUUACAAAUUUUAGUUUUUAAACUAAAGGCAGGGUAGGUGAUUUGGUUCAAAACGGUUUUUGUUAUGCUGGUUGAAAGUCUCUUCACAUCCUGAUAGCAAGCACUAAGUUAAGUGGUCUAAAUUUAUUUAUAUGUAUUUGGGUGAUUCUCACGAAAUCUUUUUUUUUUAAAUUUCAAGCAUGAAAAUUUUAAAAAUGGUUAAAUUAACUUUUUUUUCCAGAUAUUAGCAACAAAGUCUGGAACGCUGUGAACAUUCAUUUAAAAAAUGUUACUUAACAUUUAACACAUUUUGAACAUAAUUUCCAAAAUAAGUCCUAAAAAAUCUCAUUACCGCAACAGACUGAAAACAUCAACACUCUUAGAAAAGCAAAUACAUUUUCACAUUUUUAAAAAUGGAUUGUUAGUAGUCAUGCACAGUUACUUGAAAUUCUGAAAUAAUAUUUAUUUUUAAUUUAAGUUCUUUUUUAAAUUUUGAUUGAUUUCUCUCAUUACCGCAACACCUUCCACAAUUUACAACUAAUUUUUAAAAAUAUUUCGAUGAAACCGGACAUUUUUUCAAAAUCAUGAGACAAACCUGAAAGAACAUAAUU